UUUUCUGCUUUGAUUUCGUAAUUCUUCAAUAUAGUUUUGUUGUUGUCAAUAUCAUAAUUUGGAUUAGUUUCAAUUUUUGAUGACUUUCUGAUGAUUUGUUGUGAAUUGGGGCAAUGUUAGUGCGUUGAAGUGAUUCAUUUUGACCAAUUUUAGAAUUGUUUUUAUUCAAUUUGAGGUCUUGUUGUGGAAAUAGAUGUAGAAGGGGUUUUGAUUUUGGAAGAUUGAUGAAAGACUACUGAGUUAUUGUUUGGAAUAAUGUUCAAUUUUGGGUAUAUGUGUGUAUAUUUGUGUAAUAGGUAUUAAUGAUGAGAUGCAGAGUUGAAUUGGUAAGGUUGGUGAGCAGUGGUUUGUUUGGUUUGUGGUGUCUUAUGCCGAAACCCUGGAUGUUGGCACACUAAAGAUCUCGAGCUCGACGAGCUGUGGAUUUUGCUUGUGCAUUAUGAUGAGUAGAUUACUAGAUUUGAGCUAUUAUUAUGGGAUCUGAGGAGAUUAUUUGAGCUGUUAUAUAUGGUAAUUACAGUCAUUUGGGCGAAGGUUUUUAAAAGAAGUUUCGAAGGUCUAAGCGCUUUCACUAUAUAGAAUUAGCUCCAAUCUUUUAUUUUCUGGAAACGAAGAAUUUUAGUGCAAAAUAUUUGCAGUGAAAGUUUAUUGCAAUAGGGAUGUGUUAGGAUUGCAACUUGUUGUUUGGACCCAAUGAGUUGAGUCACAUAUUGUGAGGUUGUGGAUGAGUUUAGUGUUGUAGUGGUGCAGGCAAGGCUUAUACAGUGUUUAGUGUUUUAGGUUGCAGGGCAAGUUUUUCCUAGAUUUUUUUUUUCCCUUGCUACCUCUCUUAACAAUUCUUAGAUACUUUCUUGCCUCAACUAGUUACCUUCCCACAUCAUUUUGCUUGUAUGACCAACCUGAGUUGCGUCAUUUGAUGUGCACUGUUGGCUGUUGCGCACUUGCGCCUCACGCAGGUGAAGUGUAUAGGAGGCUUAGCCAGAGUCAUCACAAUUUUCAUGUAUUUUUGGGAAGAUUUAUCGUACUAUAACUAGAACUCUACUCAAGUAGGAGAUGUAAAGCCACUCUCCAUUCAUUUGAUUAACCGCCCUACUCUAAUGAGUAACGACAAAGAUUUUUGCUAGUAUUUAGCAAGCCGACACCUUGCUUCAGAAUCUGUUUUUGCUAAGUUUUUGUUCUGAAGGACUGAAUUUGUAAUAGACUAGAAUUUUUUAUUUUUUAUUUUUUACUUUUAUUUUUGAAUGGGCGUAUUUGCCUCCUUCCCUCAUUCUGCACCUUAAAAGUUAUAUAUACUUAUAUAUAUUAGCUUCUAAAUAAUCUGAAUGAUGCUGAAACUGUUUAAAAUUUUGGGGGGUAGUGGAGUACUCUUAAACCGUCUUCUUUCCUGCUGGAUCUUUGAACGUGUUGGCUGUUGGGAGCUAGAGAUUUGCAUAUGUACACGUGUAUGUACAAACUUACCAGAUUAUCAAGGACCUGAAAAAAUUGUCAUUCGACGAUACAAUGACUUUGUUUGGUUACGUGAUCGCCUUUUCGAGAGAUACAAAGGCAUCUUUAUACCCCCUCUUCCAGAGAAAAGUGCUGUUGAGAAAUUUCGCUUCAGUGCCGAAUUCAUUGAAAUGAGGCGUCAAGGUUUGGAUUUAUUUGUUAACCGGAUAGCUUCACAUCCUGAACUUCGCCUAAGUGAUGAUCUGAGGUUAUUUUUGCAGGCAGAUGAAGAGACAAUGGAGAGAGUGAGGGCUCAAGACCUUGGUAUUUUCAAGAAGCCUUCUGAUCUAAUGCAAAUCUUCAAGGACAUGCAAUCCAAAGUAAGUGAUGUUGUUUUAGGGAAGGAGAAACCUGUUGAAGAAUCAACUCCUGAGUAUGAGAAGAUGAAACGUUAUAUCUUUGAGCUUGAAGAGCACUUGGGGGAAGCACAGAAGCAUGCUUGUCGCCUUGUUAAGAGGCAUAGAGAGCUGGGACAAUCACUGUCCGAUUUUGGAAAGGCAGUCAAGCUCUUAGGUGCCUGUGAGGGAGAUUCUCUUGGAAAGGCAUUUGCUGAGCUUGGCACAAAGUCAGAAGAGUUGUCAAUCAAGCUACAAGCAGAGGCCCACCAUCUACUAAUGAAUUUUGAAGAACCUCUGAAAGAUUAUGUUCGUGCUGUGCAGUCUAUCAAGGCCACUAUAGCAGAGAGAGCUACCGCAUUUAAGCAACAUUGUGAGCUGUCUGAAACAGUGAAGCUGAAGGAAAUAAAUCUAGAUAAGCUCAUGCUCACAAGGUCAGACAAAUAUGGAGAUGCUGAGGCUGAAUAUCGGGAGCUAAAAGCAGAAAGUGAGGAAGCAACUAGAAGGUUUGAGACUAUUGUUCGAUUAAUGAACGAAGAGAUGGUACGCUUUCAAGAACAAAAAACAGCAGAUAUGGGGGUAGCAUUUCAUGAAUUUGCCAAAGGACAAGCACACUUGGCCAACAGCAUUGCUGGAGCCUGGAGAGGCUUGCUUCCAAAGCUUGAAGCUUGCUCUUCUUGAUUAUUGAGGCAAAAGGUGAACAGAGCCCAAAAGGAAUGGGGUGGGUGGUCCGCAGGAAUGCCAAGAGCAUCUGUUUCUCUUGUAAAGGAUUUUCAGAUUUUUUUUUUUUUUUUUUCUAUUUUUUUUUUGGGGUGAACUUUGUUCAUCUGUUGUAGCAACAUCAGUACAUCACAGAUUAUCUGGAAAAUCUGUGAGUUGCGAAAGUUGGGAAUAUCGGAUUAUGUGUAAUAUUGUGCACAUAAAGAAGAUAAAUUCACUUGUAUUUGUAUCUUUAAUAACAUUUGUGAAAACUGUGUACUGUAGUGGUUCAAUCGGUGCUUCAGUGAUAAGCUGAAGCCUUGUUUAUAAGUUAACAUCAGGUUAUAUAUUUCAA